AUCAAUAACCCUGGAUAAUAACACCAGCUGUUGAUGUGACCUGUUUCUAUACCUCACUUUAUUUAAAACACAGGCACUGCUACCUUUCCCCCGGAGUUCUGAUCUGCUUUUACUUGUUAUCUUUUAUUAUUAGUAACAUGUGCAGACGUGGUCUUUUUGUAUUUGUUUAUCCGUCUAUUCUCCUCACUGUACAUGUUGCUAAUCACAGGGUUCAGUCUGCGCCGAGCAACACCUGUUAGCGACAUGUUGCUAAUCACAGGGUCCAGUCUGCGCCGAGCAACACCUGUUAGCGACAUGUUGCUAAUCACAGGGUCCAGUCUGCACCGAGCAACACCUGUUAGCGACAUGUUGCUAAUCACAGGGUCCAGUCUGCGCCGAGCAAUACCUGUUAGCGACAUGUUGCUAAUCACAGGGUCCAGUCUGCACCGAGCAACACCUGUUAGCGACAUGUUGCUAAUCACAGGGUUCAGUCUGCGCCGAGCAACACCUGUUAGCGACAUGUUGCUAAUCACAGGGUCCAGUCUGCGCCGAGCAACACCUGUUAGCGACAUGUUGCUAAUCACAGGGUCCAGUCUGCACCGAGCAACACCUGUUAGCGACAUGUUGCUAAUCACAGGGUCCAGUCUGCGCCGAGCAACACCUGUUAGCGACAUGUUGCUAAUCACAGGGUCCAGUCUGCACCGAGCAACACCUGUUAGCGACAUGUUGCUAAUCACAGGGUCCAGUCUGCGCCGAGCAAUACCUGUUAGCGACAUGUUGCUAAUCACAGGGUCCAGUCUGCACCGAGCAACACCUGUUAGCGACAUGUUGCUAAUCACAGGGUUCAGUCUGCGCCGAGCAACACCUGUUAGCGACAUGUUGCUAAUCACAGGGUUCAGUCUGCGCCGAGCAAUACCUGUUAGCGACAUGUUGAUAAUCACAGGGUCCAGUCUGCACCGAGCAACACCUGUUAGCGACAUGUUGCUAAUCACAGGGUCCAGUCUACACCGAGCAACACCUGUUAGCGACAUGUUGCUAAUCACAGGGUUCAGUCUGCACCGAGCAACACCUGUUAGCGACAUGUUGCUAAUCACAGGGUUCAGUCUGCGCCGAGCAACACCUGUUAGCGACAUGUUGCUAAUCACAGGGUUCAGUCUGCACGGAGCAACACCUGUUAGCGACAUGUUGCUAAUCACAGGGUCCAGUCUGCGCCGAGCAACACCUGUUAGCGACAUGUUGCUAAUCACAGGGUCCAGUCUGCGCCGAGCAACACCUGUUAGCGACAUGUUGCUAAUCACAGGGUUCAGUCUGCGCCGAGCAACACCUGUUAGCGACAUGUUGCUAAUCACAGGGUCCAGUCUGCACCGAGCAACACCUGUUAGCGACAUGUUGCUAAUCACAGGGUUCAGUCUGCACCGAGCAACACCUGUUAGCGACAUGUUGCUAAUCACAGGGUUCAGUCUGCGCCGAGCAACACCUGUUAGCGACAUGUUGCUAAUCACAGGGUUCAGUCUGCGCCGAGCAAUACCUGUUAGCGACAUGUUGAUAAUCACAGGGUCCAGUCUGCACCGAGCAACACCUGUUAGCGACAUGUUGCUAAUCACAGGGUCCAGUCUGCACCGAGCAACACCUGUUAGCGACAUGUUGCUAAUCACAGGGUUCAGUCUGCGCAGAGCAACACCUGUUAGCGACAUGUUGCUAAUCACAGGGUCCAGUCUGCGCCGAGCAACACCUGUUAGCGACAUGUUGCUAAUCACAGGGUCCAGUCUGCGCCGAGCAACACCUGUUAGCGACAUGUUGCUAAUCACAGGGUUCAGUCUGCGCCGAGCAACACCUGUUAGCGACAUGUUGCUAAUCACAGGGUCCAGUCUGCACCGAGCAACACCUGUUAGCGACAUGUUGCUAAUCACAGGGUUCAGUCUGCACCGAGCAACACCUGUUAGCGACAUGUUGCUAAUCACAGGGUUCAGUCUGCACCGAGCAACACCUGUUAGCGACAUGUUGCUAAUCACAGGGUUCAGUCUGCGCGGAGCAACACCUGUUAGCGACAUGUUGCUAAUCACAGGGUCCAGUCUGCGCCGAGCAACACCUGUUAGCGACAUGUUGCUAAUCACAGGGUCCAGUCUGCGCCGAGCAACACCUGUUAGCGACAUGUUUCUAAUCUUGUUUACGUCAGUAGACAUGUUGUUUACAUCGGGAGACAUGUUGUUUGCGUCGGGAGACAUGUUGUUUGCGUCGGGAGACAUGUUGUUUACGUCGGGAGACAUGUUGUUUACGUCGGGAGACAUGUUGUUUGCGACAGGAGACAUGUUGUUUGCGUCAGGAGACAUGUUGUUUACGUCAGGAGACAUGUUGUUUACGUCAGGAGACAUGUUGUUUACGUCAGAGACAUGUUGUUUACGUCAGAGACAUGUUGUUUACAUCAGGAGACAUGUUGUUUACAUCAGGAGACAUGUUGUUUGCGUCAGGAGACAUGUUGUUUACGUCAGGAGACGUGUUGUUUACGUCAGGAGACAUGUUGUUUACAGGAGACAUGAUGUUUACAUCAGGAGACAUGUUGUUUACAUCAGGAGACAUGUUGUUUACAGGAGACAUGUUGUUUGCUUCAGGAGACAUGUUGUUUACAUCAGGAGACAUGUUGUUUACAGGAUACAUGUUGUUUACAGGAGACAUGUUGUUUACAGGAUACAUGUUGUUUACAUCAGGAGACAUGUUGUUUACAGGAUACAUGUUGUUUACAGGAGACAUGUUGUUUACAGGAGACAUGUUGUUUACGUCAGGAGACAUGUUGUUUACGUCAGGAGACAUGUUGUUUACUGGAGACAUGUUGUUUACAGGAGACAUGUUGUUUACAGGAGACAUGUUGUUUACGUCAGGAGACAUGUUGUUUACAGGAGACAUGUUGUUUACAUCAGGAGACAUGUUGUUUACGUCAGGAGACAUGUUGUUUACAGGAGACAUGUUGUUUACGUCAGGAGACAUGUUGUUUACGUCAGGAGACAUGUUGUUUACAUCAGGAGACGUGUUGUUUACAUCAGGAGACAUGUUGUUUACGUCAGGAGACAUGUUGUUUACGUCAGGAGACGUGUUGUUUACAUCAGGAGACAUGUUGUUUACGUCAGGAGACAUGUUGUUUACGUCAGGAGACAUGUUGUUUACGUCAGGAGACAUGUUGUUUACGUCAGGAGACAUGUUGUUUACGUCAGGAGACAUGUUGUUUACGUCAGGAGACAUGUUGUUUACGUCAGGAGUGUCAGGAGACAUGUUGUUGUUGGUAUAUCUUCUAAGCAUCAGAGACGCAGAUCAUCUGUGCUUUGCGUGGAGAGCGGUUUUUAGUGUCCCUCUAAGCGAGGACAGACAGUGUGUCUCCAGGAGAGACAGUGUGUCUCCAGGAGAGACAGUGUGUCUCCAGGAGAGACAGUGUGUCUCCAGGUCAGACAGUGUGUCUCCAGGAGAGACAGUGUGUCUCCAGGUCAGACAGUGUGUC